UCUCUCGAUAUUGAUGUGGUAUCCUCUUAACGCAUCACAGCGCCUCGGGCCCACCGGCAGCACAGGAUAUGGAGGCUCUCGAAGUUGAUGACAUCAGCCCUGCCUUGGAAGUGACUGAAGACUUUUUCAACGGUUUUGAUACUAAGCUUGAAAAGAUUGUGCAGCCCUCUGAGGUGUAUGGUGUGCAGGAGGUCCCUGAGCUGGUUGGGCACGAGGUAUUUGAUCAUAUAACAGAGAGCAGGAAUCUGAGGAAUGUCGCCUCCUUAGCCAAAAGUAGCCUCAUCUGGGAUCACUGCAAAAAUGGCCUCUUGGAAACCAAAGCUCAGACAGCAUUUCCUGCCAAAGACCAACACAUGGUGCAGAAGGGAACAACUGCUGACAACCUUGCUUGGGCAGGGGAAGGGGAGACCACAGCUUUUAACAUCUUCAGGAUCUGCCAGCGGAGGAGGGACAGGCCUCGCUCAGUGAAUGACAUCCUGGUACAGAACGAGGAAGCCUCCAGGUUCAAACCAGGACACAACAGGUCACGCUCCGAUAUCAGCCAUGUGAAGUGGGGAGUGGUCUUCACAGGCACGUCCCUGCAGCAGCCGCCUGCGCCCGGUCAGGACAAUAACUGCACUCUGCUCUCUUACCUGGCGUUAACCAAGGGAGAGGACAUCCAAGGAAACACAGAACACAAGCCAGUGUUCCCAAAUCUCCUGAAGAAGGGAUACUUAGAAGUUAGAAGAGACAAUGACAGCUACUGGCAAACCUGUUAUGCUGAGCUCUCCCCAUACAAACUGUACCUGUAUUGCUUGGACAGCAGUGGCAACCAGACUCUUCCCACCGUGUAUCCACUCAUGCGUUUUCAAAGGGUCACUGUUACUGGUGGCAUUGAAACCAAGGUGGUGGACACUGUCCUGUCAGACAGCUCACAGCUACAGCUGAAGGCAGAGUCCUCGUGGGAGACACUGGACUGGGGACAGAAACUCUGGGAAGCAGUGCAUGCUUCUGUGCCUGCUUUCACGAGACAGCAGGAGAAACUGGAGAAUAUGCCAAAGCCUGAAAAUAGCAGUGACCUUUCUCAAACCAAUGGAUUAUUAGAGAAGCCUAUGGAGCUCUUCCUGUCCAUGAAUUUGACUGAAAACACUAAAGAGUAUCAAAAUAUUCUCAAAUCAGGGACUCUUUACAGGUUAACUGUCCAGAAUAACUGGAAGGCAUUUACUUUUGUCUUGAACAGGUCUUAUCUCAUGGCAUUCCAACCCGGUAGGCUUGAUGAAGAUCCUCUGCUGAGCUACAAUGUCGAUGUGUGCCUGUCGGUGCAGACGGAUACUCAGGAUGACUGUGACUCUUGCUUUCAGGUCAUUUUCCCCCAAGAUGUCCUGCGCCUGCGUGCAGAGACUCGUCAGAGGGCCCAGGAGUGGAUGGAGGCAUUGAAAGCAGCAGCCAAUGCUACUAGAAGUUUAACUCAGAACCCACAGGUCACACUUAGGAACAAACCUGGAGAUCGGCCCUUGGGAAGUGACCUUAGAAAGAGCAAGCGCCAGUCUGUGACCACCAGCUUCCUCAGCAUCCUGACCACGCUGUCUUUAGAGAGAGGGCUCACAGUUCAGAGCUUCAAGUGUGCAGGCUGUCAGCGCUCCAUAGGUUUGUCCAAUGGAAAAGCCAAGGUGUGCAGCUACAGUGGAUGGUAUUACUGCAGCACCUGCCACGUGGAUGACAGCUUCCUCAUCCCUGCACGGCUGGUUCAUAACUGGGACACUUCCAAGUACAAGGUAUCAAAGCAAGCCAAAGAGUUCCUGGAAUAUGUUUAUGAGGAGCCAUUGAUUGAUAUCCAGCAGGAAAAUCCCAUGCUGUACAAGCAUGUUGAACCUCUGGCAACUGUUGUCCGGCUGAGACAGCAGCUAAAAUCUCUCCGAGCCUACUUGUUCAGCUGCAGAGCUGCAGUGGCUGAAGAUCUGCGUAGAAGGAUCUUUCCCAGAGAGUAUCUUCUGCAGCAAAUCCAUCUUUACUCUCUUGCAGACCUUCAGCAGGUUAUUGAAGGAAAGCUGGCUCCUUUCUUGGGGAAGGUGAUCAAGUUUGCCACCUCUCAUGUGUACAGCUGCAGCCUUUGUAGCCAAAAGGGUUUCAUCUGUGAGAUUUGCAACAAUGGAGAAAUCCUUUACCCCUUUGAGGACAUUUCUACAAGCAGGUGUGAAAGCUGUGGUGCUGUCUUCCAUUCUGAGUGCAAAGUGAAGGCUGUACCAUGCCCCAGGUGUGUGCGUAAAGAAUUGCAGAAGAAGCAGAAAUCCUUCUGGAGGCAACUGAAUAUGGACGAGAACUUUGAAGAGUCUUGCAACAUGUUUGAAUUGUCGUGCCAGAACACAUGAGUUCCUUAAGGCUGGGACCAACCUGAAGAGAAUCCCUUUCCCAGCUGCCAGCUUAAGCAAAUUCUCAGCUUAGCCAGGCAGAAAUUUUUUCGAAAAGUAUUAUCUGACCUUCUUCAUCUGUGAACAACAGCUGCCAAAUUGGCUAUAAAGCCUUGUCGGCUUUGAAAUACCAAUGGCUAAACUGCAUUGAAGUCCAGCCACUAGCUCUCAUACAAAAUGUGGUUUACCUGAAAUGCUUUAGGUCUAGGUAAUUAAGCACCUGACUUUCUUUUCCACCUCUGGAGAAGAGUUUUUCUCAAGGCAGAAAAUAUUUGCCACCAUGACCACAUUAUUUUUUAUGUUUUUCAUUUAGAAUUGCUGAAUCAUCAACUUAUAUAUGUGUAUUAUUUAUUUAUUAGUAGCCUUGGCAGAGGGUCUGAUGGGAUGUUUCACAGAACCCAGUAGAGCAGGAAUUACUUUAAAUCCACUGUCUCCUCCUGAUACAGACAUGUGGUUCCAUUUCCUCAUGUUUUCAGAGAACUAUUUUGAAAGGCCAGUGCAUUUACAUUUUAAAGGAUCUGCCUGCCAAGGAAAGAAAAGGAUCUCCCAUCAAACCUUAUUGGAGGUGCUUACAAACAUAAGACGCAGAAUUCCUUAAUUUAUGUUUAUAUAUUCAUAACCAUCCCAGUGAACUAUUUCAUAUUCAGGUAAGCAGGGGACUUCCUACGCUUUUGUUCAGGCUGGGUAUAUUGGUUAAGCUCAGUCACUGAAGUCUGUGCAGUUUUACGCUCGUUAUUCUUAAUCUGUGGAAGGCCAUGUCCUCAUCUCCAGUAACAUGAUGUUGGCUCUGACCUCCUUCUAGUUUCACACUUGAGGCAUUUUAAGUGCCCACAUUGGUUUUCUUUUUAUUUCAUGAAGUUUAUUUUAAAUGUUUUUCUAACCUGAACCUGAUAAACUGAUAGUCAGGAAAGUCUUCUUGCCCAUCGUAGUUAGAAAAUACCUCCAAAGUUGUGAAACACUACUUUGCUGUUUUCACAUGCAACUUAUGUCCUGCAUUCUCUUUGAGCUUCAAGGCAUUUUAUGCUUCUGUAAUGACUUCGGUGGUGGAGAGCGAAGUUCCUUGAGGUAUGAUUCUACUCCACACACCUGGAACACAGGAAGUAUUAACCACAGUGAAUUCUAUUGUGAAAGGGAAGUACAUGAUGGAUUUAACUGGGGAGAUGUGUGUCAUAUCACUGGCAAUAUGUUUAAUUCAUUGUGAGUUCACCUCCAGUGAGCACUUAGAGAUUGUCCUCCCUCCAGUCCACGUUCUUAACUCUUUUUCCACACCCUGCAGUGAUGUGUGUAUUAUAUACAUAUGAAAGCAGUCACGUAUAUAUAUACACACACACAUCUAUAUAAAGAAAGCAAAUACAGUUUCAGAUGAAAAAAGCCAGUUGCAUGUAUUUUUCCUCUCCUCUCACACAGGUUUGUGAAAGUGUGAAAUACUGAUCUUUGCUUCCUAUAUAAUCUUCAGACUGUUGUAUUCAAGGCAGAAAGCAGUCUUGAUCAUCAAAGCAUCUCACUAAUCGCUGAAGUAUUUUAAAUAAAAGAACAGGGUACAUCGUGCUUACGUUAAAAAGUAAAAUGCUACAGUGAGUUGCCUUGUACUGGACUAUAAGUGGUUACCUUUUCCAGCCUCCAGUCAAAGAAGAAGUAGCUGAAUCUGAGCUUUCUCAGAUUGAGUGCAACUACUCUAUAUAUAGAAGCAUGUUUAUAUCUUGUAUACAUUAGACAACCAGUGCCUUUCUUUUCCAGAAGUCCUUCUCUCAGUGGGAUUCUUUGGAAGGAAGUGAGGGGUUUUCUGUGUUUUGGCAAAGUACUGUAAGGAUUCCCAUGUUUAAUAAACCUGGUGAAUCAUGCACCUUUGUCACUAAAAUUAAUACUUCCCGUACACGGUGGUAUCUCGUCUGGGCUCACUGUUCCUUAUGUGAAAUGAGUUGCUUUUGGCUAUCACCUUUAAAGGUGUAAUGUUCCUUGCAAAUCCAUUCCCACUUUAAGAAUUCCCUGCGUGUUCAGAAAUGCAAACACUGGGGAAGUAUUGUGGAAUUAGUCAUGCAAACAGGAACUGCACUGGUACUGGCUGAAUAAACAGUACGCGCCCAUGUUUCUCAGCAUGUGUCACUACAACUAGUCCUGUGGCAAAGCCAGUAGCUCUGAAACUGUCAGAAGCUGGCAGGUACUAUUUUGAAUUAUCUGUGGACAUAAUGGUAGGUGGUUAAAGAAAAAAUGAAAAUGUUUUUCAUAUCAUCAUCAUGCUCUGGUAUUUAAGUUACCUUACAUUGCUGGUUCAUGUCCAGCUCAGUUUAGAGAAGGCUGCUUGUGUGCACUGUCAAAAACCAUAUCGAGUCAAGGAAUCAAGGUUCAGACAUUGCAAACUAUUAGUUACUUUGACAGAUGUCCUGAUCCCCAAAGUACCAGUUGUGUGCGUGGUUAGAUAUUGGAACUGAAUUCUGGAAUAAAAACAUAGACGGCAUUGGUGUUGCUCUGGUUUUGUACAGGUAUUACAGAACAGUUUCUUUGCUAACAGAGAGUUACAGAGAAUAAAAAAAAAAGUUUGAUGUUGGCAAAACUGCUAGAAUUAGUCAUGAACCUGAAACCACUGCCAUUACUAAUGAUAAAGAGCAAAAGCAUGUUGUUACAAUGUGCUGUCAGUGCCCAGAGCACUGUGUAAAAGGAUACUGUACAAUACAGCUCAGAUUAAUUGCUUUAAAAUCCAAUGUUGUUGUAAACCAGCUGGUUCCUAAAAUGAAUACACAUUCAUUUCUACUUUGGAAAAAUAAUACGGCUUCAUGGUAGCUAUAGGAGCAGACCAUAAUAUGGAAAAUGCUGUCCUCUCAGGGAUGCCCAGCUCCUAUCCAAAAAAUGUUAUUCUAUAUAAAUGGGCAAGACAAAGUCUUUUGUCCCUGCUUUUUGUAAGCAUAAUGGAAGGCUUCAUCCUGCCCUCAGAAGGUGCCGAUGCAGGAGGAAGAAGCCCUAUUAAUUUUUCAGGACUGCAAGGCAAAAGAAUAAAUUGAAAUUACUGCUCAUAUUAUUAACUCUCAAAAGACCCGGCUUUAAAAGGGACGUUUUCUUGGAAGAGCCAUCUGCAAGCAGGACGCUCAGCCUGGGGUUCUGUAGAUGGUUUGGGUUUCAGACGAUGCUGUACCUGUGCAUGGUUGUCUCUGCUGUACUAACAGUGCUGCGUGCUGGUCCCCGCUGCUACUCUACCCGCCCUGCAGCCCACAGCCUGCACGUGGCUCUGCUCUGCAGACUUCUGGAUGAGCAUCAGCUGGAAAAGUUCUUGGGGUCUUUGUAGAUUGCACUACUCUCUUGCCCCCCUUCCCCCCCAGUUAAAUUAUGUAUUGGUACUUCUAGUAUUGUCCUACCCAUGCAUGAAAUAAAUUUGAACAAUGCCAUUUCAUUGUGAGUCAAGAAUAAAAUGUGCCGUUUGUCUCCUUCAAA